CUCCCAAACUUGGUCCAAGGUUUUUCCUUCCGCCGCUUAUCAAGCGCUUGCAAUGAUGCCUCAUUGGUGUAUCGCCGAUGGACGCCGAGGUAUCCUCUGGAGACCGAUGCUACCCUUAGGGUAACCACCGCCGCGGUUGGAUGGGACGAGUCUGGUGGAACCAUCAUGAAAAUUUUAUUCCAUGGAAAUGAUCUUCGGAGCCCCCAGAGCAAGGGGAUCCAGGACUCUGCCGAGGACUGUGCGCUGUGAUAAUUAUUUUCCAGAUCUCUUUGCUCAAAUAAAGACAGAGGCUCCAUUGUUGUCUCCUCGAGGUCCAAACUGCACCAACACCUUCAGCAAUCCCGCCCGUUGAGGUCCCGCGCCCCUGGUAUGGAGGACAAGACCACCAAAUAUGGUCCUCAGGACGACCUUCCCGCCGUAGCUGGGGACCGCAUCUCGCAGAAGUCGCUGCCCCAGUCAACCCGCGACAUCGAGAAACAAACAGCCCCUGAGGACGCUCAGCUCCACCGGAAGCUAGGUAGUCGACAUCUACAAUUUGUCGCAAUAGGCGGAACCAUCGGCACGGGCAUCUUCAUUGCCAGUGGAACCUCUGUCGCGACCGCGGGGCCCGUCGGUGCUUUGCUUGCCUAUGUCUUCAUUGGGACCCUCGUUUACUCCGUCAUGCUGUCUCUCAGCGAAAUGGCAACGUUUUUCCCAAUCUCGGGUGCUUUCACGCGUUAUGCUGGUCGCUUCGUGGAUCCUAGCUUGGCCUUUUCCAUGGGAUGGAUCUACUUCAUCAGCUGGUCCAUUACGUAUGCGCUGGAACUGACGGUUGCUGGCAUCAUCAUACAAUGGUGGAACAGCUCGUUGAGCAUCGGCAUCUUCAUCACCAUCUUCUGGGUACCUCUCACUCUCGUCAAUUACCUGCCAGUGGACCUCUUUGGUGAAUUCGAAUUCUGGUUUGCCAGUAUCAAAGUCAUUGCUCUCUUGGGGUUCAUGAUCUUUGGUAUCUGUAUCAACGCAGGAGCCGGGGACCAGGGUUAUCUCGGGUUCCAUUACUGGAAGAGUCCUGGAGCGUUCGCCCCCUAUUUGACCGAUGGAGCCAAGGCAAAGUUCGUUGGCUUCUGGGCCGUCUUGAUUCAAGCCGGGUUCGCUUUCCAAGGCACUGAGUUGGUAGCCAUUGGUGCCGGAGAAAGCGCCAAUCCACGCAAAACCAUGCCAAGGGCAAUCCGUAACACCUUCUGGAGCAUCUUCCUCCUCUUCGUCUUCACUAUUUUCUUCAUCGGCAUCCUGGUACCUUAUGACGAACCCCGGCUGACGAUCGGAGACUCGAAUGCCAGCUCCUCUCCAUUGGUUAUUGCGGCGCAGCUUGCAGGUGUCCAGGUACUUCCUCACAUCAUAAACGCUGUACUUCUCACCGUAGUCCUCUCGGCAGCCAGCUCCAACGUUUAUUCCGGCAGCCGUGUUCUUGUUGGCCUUUCCGAGGAACGUUGCGCACCGCGCUUCUUUCAGAAGACCACCAAGCGGGGCGUGCCGUGGGUCGCCGUCUCCAUCACAGCCGCGUUCGGACUGUUGGCGUAUAUGAACCUUUCCGAGGGUGGUGGGACGGUCUUCAACUGGCUUCUGAACAUCGUUAGUGUGGCCGGCUUCAUCGCCUGGUCUUGCACCUUCAUCUGCCAUCUCCGCUUCAUGGAUGCCAUGGACUCGCAGAACAUCGCCCGCGAUACGUUGCCAUUCAAGUCUUGGGGUGGACGGUGGUUAGCAUGGUACGGACUUACGUUCUGCGUCAUCAUCACCUUGACGCAAGGCUUCACUGCCUUUGUCCCAUGGUCCACUCAGGAUUUCUUCAUCUCCUAUGUCAGCCUCCUUCUUUUCGUCGUCGCCUAUGUCGGUCACAAGGUGGUGACUAGGAGCAAGUUCGUCAAGUCAUCCGAGGCGGACCUGGUGACUGGUCGAUUCAACGAGGAAGUCACAGAAGUCUGGGAAGAGUCGCCGCGGAGCUGGUGGAAGAAGCUCUAUCCCCGCUUCUUCAGCUGAUACUAAAAGUGUAAGGGAUAGUAAUCUCAUGCGGGUUUGGUUUCUUUUCAGUCUUGCAUCGCGUUGCAUUUUCGGGUAGCAUAGGCGGCGUUGCUUUAGAUCUCUUUUCUUGUUGUAUUUCUAUUGUAGCAUCCUGCGGCGUCGCUUUUUCGGGCUGCAUACCACCUAUUCGGAAUUAUAUAAUAUACACCGCCUCUCAGUAAAC